AUGACUUCCAGCCUGACAUCAUGCAUCUUUUGCAAGAUCAUCAAGGGUGAAAUCCCUUGCUUCAAGCUCUUCGAGAGCGACAAGACGCUAGCCUUCCUCGACAUCAACCCCCUCAGCCGUGGCCAUGCUCUCGUCAUCCCUAAGUACCACGGCGCAAAGCUGUCUGACAUUCCAGACGACCAUCUCGGCGAGAUUCUCCCCGUGGUGAAGAAGCUCAUUGCCGCGACUGGCGCCACGGAUUACAACAUCCUCCAGAACAACGGCCGCAUCGCCCACCAGCUUGUUGAUCACGUUCAUUUCCACAUGAUUCCUAAGCCCAACGAGACUGAGGGCCUUGGCGUCGGCUGGCCACAGCAGCAGACUGAUAUGGACAAGCUCAAGGCUCUCUUCGAGGAUAUCAAGUCCAAGAUGUAA